GAGGUGUUGGUGGUGACAAUCCAGAUCAAUCACAGUAUCGACGCGGUGAUUGAAGGGAAAGACCCUCCAUCUCCAUGUGUUGCUGAGGCCACAAGUUAUUCUUGUCGGCUUAGUUUGCCUUGGUCCCUACAUCUCGUGUGAGAGUGUGAGAGAGUGUGAGAGAGUGUAGUGUGCGUGUUUGUGUGUGUGUAGAGGGUGUGGCAGCGAACUGUUAGGGCUUGGUUGCGGAGACGCGCGGUAGGAGGCGAAAGGUCGUUGAGAGGGAAUUGUCCGGGCGAGACAAGAGUUUCCAGCCUCAAAGGAGUUCGGAGACAGACUUUGAGGAUUUUUCUUCUUGUUUUUUGGGUUUUUUUGUCUCGAAGGAUUCGGUCGGUAAUUUAGUAGUUAUGGAGGAUAUUUGUGAGAUAUGCGCUGAGCCUUUGGAAUGGUUGGCGUAUGGGCCAUGUGGGCACCGUGAUGCUUGUUACGAGUGCAAUUUGAAGGGGCGGUUGUUGAGUCAGACCAAGGAGUGUUUCUUUUGCAAACAGGAAUGCCCUAGUGUUUUUGUUACCAAGGCACUAGGGAAUUUCACUAAGGUGGUGACGUCAUUCAGCGAUUUGGAAGAUCAGCUCCGUCGGAAAGAAAACACUGACAAUGAACUUUAUUAUGAGGACAGCGUUCAAGCUUAUGUUGACAACGCGGAAGUCUAUGAGAAGAUCAAAGCUAUGUGCAGGCUUUCGUGUAGUAAAUGCGAAGCGAGGGAAUUGUCCGGGCCAGAUGAGUCAUUACCCAAGGGUGCCGUUAAAAAGGGCCAUGUGUUCAGGAGCAUCGAUUCGCUUCGAGAUCAUCUUUCCAAGGCGCACCAUCUGGAAAUGUGUAAUCUGUGCUUGAAUAACAGAAAGGAGUUAUUAACUAAGCAACGUCUAUUUACAAAAAGUCAGCUAAGACGGCACGAAGAGAGAGGUAACUCCGAAGCGGAUGGAACAGUAGAGGAGAGAGGGGGCUUCUCUGGUCACCCGAUGUGUGAGUUUUGUAAGAAGCGGUUUUACGACGAGAAUGACCUGUACCAUCACAUGUCCGUAGAGCAUUUCACUUGUCACCUGUGCCAACGGGCUAGGCCAGGUCGUUUUGAGUAUUAUAGUAGCUAUGAGGACCUCGAGAAACAUUUUCGGAAGAAGCAUGCGUUGUGUGAGCAUCCGGACUGUUUGACCAAGAAGUUUGUAGUGUUUGUAAGCGAUUCAGAAUUGAAGCGUCACACUGCUAUCGCACACGGAGAUAAUAUGACCCGUUCUCAACGAAAUGCUGUUCUUCAGGUUCCAGUUGCUCUCGAGUUUCGUAGGCAAGGACAUGAAGGUAGAGAUGGUGGUAGGAGUGGUGGCAGCCGCUAUGGAUAUGGGCGCGGUAGAGGGCGAAGAGAAAACGUUCAGACCGAGUCAAAUGGCAUAGACGCAGCUGAGCGAGCUAGCAUUGAUCAAUCAAUGUUGGAUGAGGCAUACCGGGAGUCGGCAGCAAUGACUGCAAGCGUUGGUGGAGGAGGAGGAGGAGGAGGAGGAGGAGGAGCAGCGGAAACUAGCACGGCCAGUGGAGAAACACGCGAAGGCCCGAACUCGUUUGCUGCACUUGAAAGUGAAGUAGUGGAAUCAGGGCCUCCACCUCCUUCACGAUAUGCCAGCGCAGUAUCAGGAAGCGGUCCUUCUACAUUAGCGGAAACUGCAUUUCCUCCUCUUCCCGGAGCUUCUGGAGGAAGUGGUACUGGAAAGCAUAAGCAGAGGAAGCAAAACGCUCCAGCAUCUAUGGCUUCCCUUUUGGGUGGUGGCGGAGGAAGAGGUGGAGCUGUGAGAGUUUUGAACACGUCAGGAUCAAGAGUGUCUGCUGGAUCCAGUUCUCGGCCUCCUGUUGGUAGCGGAGAGAGUAGAGUGGGAGGUUGGACCAGCAGUAUUACGCAUCCAUCCCCGGCUAACAGUGACCGGGUACCCGGAAGUUGGACAAGUGUUAGUCCUCAUCGGAAGUCUCAGGUCGGAGGGAGUAGCAACGUUCAAGGUACAUCUUUUCCAUCUUUGCCGCUUGCAACACCCUCGGCCCCUGCAAUACCUCCAGCUGCAGCUGCCGGUCGUAAUGCCGUAGAUCGGGUAAUUGGGAGCAGUAGAGGUAAGGAGGCAUCUGUUUCAGGACGUGAAUCACGUGGUGUAGACGUGGUGCACCAUCUAAGUAGGGACGAGUUACGCGCAGCCAACAAGGUGUUGAUCGAAAGCAUUCAAGUUGGACUACAGGGAAACGAACGAGCAUUCGCGGAUUUCAAGGACGUUUCAGCACGCUUCAGUAAAGGGGAGAUGAGCACCUUGGACUACUACGGACAUAUCAUACGGCUAGGUCUUUCUGACGUUGUGCCAGAAUUAGGAAGGCUUUGUCCAGAUCCCAUGAAAGGAAAGGAGUUAAUCCAGGCACAUGCAGCUCGCCUAGCUCUCGAGCAUGCAUUUCCUCCGGUUGCAGCCAGCAGUAACUCUGUGUCUCAGGUAGUCAAAAAUGGAGGGGCAGCGGGGAAAGGCAAGGCAGUACAAGAAGGCAGCUCACAAUCUAGACGAGCAUCUCCGCUGCCUAACGAGGAAGUAGAAGUGCUGUCCAAAGACGGUUAUCGCACUGGAAAGGGAAAAGCCAGAUUAGACGAUGGCAAUUCUAGCAACUCUGAGGCGUCAGAUGGGCCCAGCAAGAGCCGCGGAAAGCCGCAAGUGCUGGUAAAAGCAACGGGAGGUUUGUUGGAGCCGUCAGUUGGCUCUUCGGGUCAGUCCACCAGUUCCGUUCCAGAUAAACGGUGGACUUGUAGUGCGUGCACGUUGGAGAAUGCAGGAGAUUCUCCCGAGUGUGUUAUGUGUGGUUCUGAUGGCCCUUCUUGGGCUCUGGCUUCGAAGUCAGGGGCAGCAGGCGACAAGCGCAAGAAGAAGCUAUCAAAGUUUCAAAUACGCCUUGGUGAUGGUUCUGCUGCCGCCCUGCUGGACAGAGUGGCGAAUCCAAAUCCUUGGGGUGUUAUUGCUGAAAUUGGGAACCCAUCUGCUCCUGCUGCGACUGAAGUACGAGCUUUUGGGCGGGGAGCUUGGGCCAACGGUGGUGGUAAUCGAUUGGCGUCCAGCAUCAGAAAGGACUAGAUGUAUUGAUGGUUCUUUGGUAAGUAAGUUGUGGAUGAUUCUACUCUCUUUGCAUGUGGUCUCCAUUCGAUUGUUUUCAGGAGUUACCGAGAUUGCACUUUUUGGGUCCUUGACCAUAGGUGCAUACAUUUUGGACUUGAGCAUGGCUUCUUGGUACAAAUAUUUUGCAGCGGCCCCCGAAGUACACAUAGUUACAGGCUACUGAGUGUACCAUUGACUUGGGUUAUCAUUGUAAGUCGUCGAUUACGAUAGAGCUUUUAGGAUAUUUCGGUUCCUUAUAAUCAAGGAUAUUGAAAGCCGAUGUGAAGCAUUUCUGGUACUCUAAUAGUUGGCUGGGGCUUAUGAGGUUUUCGACGCUAGAAUUGUAUUUAAUUCAGUGAAUCAUCAGUUUCAAGAGUAGAAUUGCAUUCCCAGAAAUAAUUUAGCUCUUUGAACAGGAAAGGAAUAUUAAUAACUAGGAACAAAAGAAACCUGAAAGAUUUGCUCGAAAUUUAAAUUCUUGGAUGAUCGUACAAGAUUUUGUCGUCUCAUUAUUGUAUAAUUCAAAUUGUGAAUUGAUAUUUCUAUGAA